UACUGUUGUCAGAUGUCGUUCAUCAAUCGUUUCCGGCGCAGGCCAACAACGGCCGUGGUAGGUGGAACGGCAGCACACCUUCCAACGAAUAUCAGUGCAACAGAAACCCAAAGUGAAGCCAAUUCGAAAGCCCCCGAUGCUACAGAACCAACCACACGAGAUUCCGAGAAGGCUACUGAGCCUGCGUCUGAUGUAUUGCCGGCACUAGACGAGGAAGAUGAAGCCGAGCUUCCACCCGAUGUUAAAGAGUUACCCAAAAUUGUCCGCAACAUUGUCAGUCUCGACGAUGAUCCCAACGCCCCUACAAUAACCUUCCGCUACUUUCUUCUCUGUCUGAUCUUCGUUCCUCCAGGCGCCAUCCUCUUCCAGAUGGGAAAUUUUCGCACUACUUCUGCAGUGUAUCCAGUGCUCUUCGUCCAGAUCGCAUCUCAUUACACCGGCCAAUGGCUAGCUGAGAUACUGCCUGCUAAAACGAUCGGGGUUUCUCGCUUCAAAUUCAGCCUCAAUCCGGGUCCAUGGAGCUCGAAAGAGAACGUUCUUGUCACCGUAACUGCUGCCUCGGGGGCGACCUCCAAUGCCGCUUGGGCUCCCAUCUCCCUGGCACAACUCUACUACGAUACCAAAAUUCCCGCUGCAGCAUGCAUAUUCUUCAUGUGGGCCAUUGUUUACAUUGGUUAUGCCAUGGCAGCGCUCGCGCGACAGUUCCUUCUUUACGACCCAAUCUAUGUCUGGCCUUACAGUCUCAUGCAAACAAGCGUUUUCGAAACGCUUCACAAAUCGACCCACGACUCAUGGAUUGCAAGAAAACAGAAGCAUGUUUUUUUUGGUACCCUAGGUUUUAUAAUCGUCUGGCAGUUUCUACCCGAGUACAUAUUCCCCAUGCUGAGCUCUCUCUCCUUUCUUUGUUGGGUGGCGCCGCGUAAUCCGGUAGCAAAUUUCGUAGGCGCUGGAAUCGGCGGCAUGGGGCUCUUGAACCUUUCGCUGGAUUGGGCCAAUAUCUCCAACCAGGUAACCAUCAGUCCAAUGGUAGUGCCCUUCUGGACAACCGUAGUACUGACAUUCGCCUACGUGUUCAAUUGCUACGUUUUACUACCAGCAGCUAAAUACGGCAAUCUGGGUGAAUGGAAGCAUGGCCUCAUGUCAAACAGAGUAUUCUUGGAGAAUGGGACCAAAUAUCCAGCAGCGGCCUUGAUGACUCCAGAUCUGAACUUCAACGAGACUGCAUACCAGGAGCUGGGCCCAAUUUAUCUCGGUACUCAGCAAUUGUGGGGAAUGUUCUUCGACUACUCUUCAUACAUCUCCGCUCUCACCUGGAUGGCUCUGUUUGGCUAUCCUCAAAUACGUGAUACUAUUCGCAAACUCAGAAUGAGAACGAGAGAGCGCGGCAAUUUGACCGUGAACGAGUUCUACACUGAUCGCCUAAAUGUGCUUAUGCGUUCAUAUGAUGAAGUUCCACUAUGGUGGUACGUGGUGCUGUUUAUUGCCUCCUUCGUGACGAUAAUCACCAUACUCGGCUGCGGUUACUUCUUUAUACCAAUAUGGACCUUCUUUGUGGCCAUCUUCAGCUCGGGCGUCAUGAUACUCCCGUUUGCUUGGCUGUACAGUUUUUCAAGUUUCCAAGUCGCCAUCGGAACCUUCAACGAACUCCUCUAUGGUUAUAUGGUCCAUGCUACAGGCGGACACAAACAUCCAGCUGGUGCAAACGCUUAUGGGUCAAUCGCUGGUGAUAUUUGGUAUAGAGCACAAUACAUGUUGCAAGACCAAAAGAUCGGGCACUAUAUGCAUGUACCUCCUAAAGCCAUCUUCUUCAGUCAGAUCUUCGGAGAGUUGAUUGGCGUGCCCAUCAAUUACGGCAUCGUACAAUGGGUGCUGAAAACGAAACGGGAAUUCCUCCUCGGGGAGAAAGAAGAUCCACUUAAUCAAUGGACAGGCCAAACCCUCUCGAACUACAACACCAUGGGCGUCCAAUAUGUUCUCAUCGGCCCUAAGAGAUUGUUCGCGCAACACAUGUACAAACCCCUUCCGUGGGCUUUCUUGUACGGCGCGCUGGCGCCUGUGGUGCUUUAUGGUCUGCACCGUGCAUUCCCUAAGAGUAAACUUAAAUUUCACCUCUGGAACGUAAGCAUCUUCGGCGCAGGCGUAUCUGUCUUCUACGGCAACCUCUCCACCGGCUACAUCUCCCGCCUCAUCGUCGGGUAUAUCUGCAUGUUCUGGUUCUAUCGUCGCCGCUUCCAGACCUGGAAACGAUACAACUAUCUCGUUGCGGCUGCGCUGGAUGCCGGAUUCAACAUAGCGAUGUUGCUUAUGUUUAUCUUCUUCUCGAGUGGGAAGGUGGUUAGCAUGCCGCAUUGGUGGGGGAAUAAUGAGGAGAGUGUUGAGAGGUGCUUUGCGUUGGAUGAUUAAG